GGUGGUGGGUUUGGGGCCGCCCGUCGAUCGCAGCAGGAUCUGGAGGGCAAGGGCGGGCCGUCGAACGACAAGGUGGUCUUGACGCCCGAGGAGCAGGCGGUGGUUGACCGGCUCGAGAAGGGCGAGGUGGUGCCGUUUAUGCCGAAGCUGACGCGGGAGUCGCUGAGCGGGUACGGCGCCGCGGUGGCGACGGACGCGGCGCUGGGCCAGGUCGAGACGGCCAUUCGCACGAUGCGGCUGAUGACGGGCGGCAUGGCGUACAACCCUGACUCUGGCGUCACGGCCGAUCUCACGGCCAUCCAAAGGAAGUACGAAGCGCACAUGCCCUUCUUUGUGCACAGUAAGGGGGAGAAGGCGUGGAUCGAGAGCGCCAACCCCAAGCUUCACGUCGUCGGGCCCGAUCCUGCGACCAAGAAAGCUAUUAUCGACACGACUAUUCUGGGCAAAUACGAGGCGCCAAAGUUUGCCGAGAUUAGUGACGUCAAGGGCACCAUGGCCGCCUACCAUCUCCGGACCUUUACCUACAAGGCGUCGGAUUCGCAGAAGUUCAUGGACAAAGUGCUCUCGUUGUUACCGGCGCAGGGCGGUUCUGCGUCCGGUGCUCAGGCCAGGAAGUGAUGUUGAGGAGAGGAAAAUGGGAAAAUGACCUCCAGGACGAGUCCUGUCCGCCUCAGGGGCACAAGCUCGAUGUUUGUAUAUGUAACAACGCCGUACCCGGUCCCAUUGUGGUGGUGUUUUAGUCUACUUGUACACAGGUAUCUAUCGUUUCUUCAUAGAGCCCACAGAAACGGUUUCUAUUCCCACCC